UUCCCGCAGUUUUUAUUUACACCGUCGUGAUCGCGCAGGGAACCUGCAUUAAUUUCCGAACAAUCUAAAUCUUCAAGUUGAAUUACCUACUGAUAAACUUCUGGUUUCAUUUGCUCCACGAAUAGUCGGAAAAUGCGACAUAUCUCGAAAAGUGAAGCGCGAUCGAACGAAGUGGAUGGUGCCAGAAUCAAUAUAUCCAUACCCAGAAUUUCCCAAGUACUGCUCCAGUGGCACGUAUACACUAUGCGGUAAGUACCUAUUCAACAUUUUUGGAAUUUCUGUAAUUGUUCAGGUCAUGAUGUUCCUGGUAAACUGCUUGCAGUCGUUGGUGAAAGUUGGUUUCCUCAUUCAGCCAACUAUAGGUCUAAAAUUGCCGGAAGAUGUUUUGUUCACUGGAAUUUUCGCGGAGAUCGCUGGCAUUCGACGAACGCACAUUGGAGGAAUGUCGUUCAUUGACGCGCCUGAUUACAUAUGUAGAAAUGGACUUCGCACUUACAGUCUGCAUAUGAAUCGUGUGCGAAAUCCGUCUAAUUACUUCAAACGUCUCACCGCCAUGGAAGGUCAUCCGUGCUAG